AUGCUUGUUAUCGGAUUUUACUUAUUACUAUGUACUACAGCAAAAAAUUAUAUCGUUAAUGGUGGUUUUGAAGAAGAGAGUUCAACAGGCAUUAGUGGGUGGAGUAUUUAUGGAGGUUCUAAUGCAUGUGUCAUUGACUCUACAACAUAUAAUUCAGGUUCAAAAUCUUUACACUGUACUGACUUGUCAUCUAAAGACUUUGUUUCUAUUUCUCAAUACCAUUCAGACCUUGUCCAUGGAAUUAAAUAUACAUUAACAGCUUACAUUAAGGUUAAAAAUAUUCAAAAUGGAGCGUUAAUGCUCUUUGCAGAAAGUGCUGAUUAUUGGGAUGGUGUCUAUCUCUAUUCAAACUCUAUUUCUCAAUGUAAAACAGGGACUUGUACAGAUAAAUGGUAUAAAUUAUCAGGAAAUUCCGUAAUGACAUUUGGAAAACAAAGGUUUAUCAUUUCUGCAAGACUUCAAGGAGCAGAGGCAACUGGUGAAUUUUGGAUUGAUGAUAUUUCAUUAGAACCUGUUGAACAAAAUGUUCUUAUUUCUGUUGAUUGUAUUACAUGGAGACAAGAAGCUUAUACUGAUCCAUUUGAAAUUAGAGUUGGGUUAGAUGUUAAUGAUACUGCUUUUCAAGAUGGGUCUUAUCUUUCAAUCAGUGGACAAGUUAUUAGAGAAUCAGAUAAUCAAGUAGUUAAAAACAUUGAAGGUUCAGAGUUUAAAAUGGGAAUGACUUUCAACCAAAUUAUUACAUCAACAACAUUUGAUCCAUCUAACCUUACUCCUGGGUAUUACAUAGUUAAGAUUACUUGUAUCAAUUCGUUAUUUAAUAAUAAAAUUGAAACUGUUUCUACUACUUUUAGAAAACUUAACGCCAAACCAUCUUAUGAUAUUUAUGUUGACAAGAACCAUGUUACAUGGGUUAAUGGUAAAAAAUUCUUCCCUCUUGGGUGUUAUAUGAAUUGGUAUGAUGACUUUGAUAUUGAACAUUUCAAAGACUCUCCAUUCAAUUUAUGGAAAGGACCAGGACAAAUGUCAGCAAGACAAAUUCAAGAUGUUUACAAUAGAACAAAUGGAAAAAUUAGAAUUAUUAAUCCAUUCUCUGGUUCUAUUUGUUGUUGGUGUGAUGACACUGCAAUUCAAAAUAAAGUAAGUUGGGCUAAACAACAAGUUGAAUUAAUUAAAAAUGAACCUGGACUCUUUGGUUAUUAUAUUGCUGAUGAACCUAGUACUAACUGUGUUUCAAGUAUGAAAGCAACAACUAGAGCCAUUCGAGAAAAUGAUCCAAACCAUGUAGUUUGGCCUGCUAUUAAUGAUAGAUUUAAUCUUAAUCUUUAUAAAGAAGGGUUUGAUACUGUUGGAAUGGAUGACUAUCCAGUUCAAACAUUUGAUCAAUUAGAAUCAAUUUGGGUUAUGAUGACACAAGGAAGAAAGAAAAUGGUCAAUUCUAGAGCAAUGUGGAAUAUUGUUCAAAUAUUUGAUUGGACUGUUUACAAUGAUUCAUAUAAUCUUGAUUGGAGUAAAGAAUUCCCUCCAACAGAAGAACAACUCAGAAAUAUGAUUUAUCAAAAUAUUGCUUGUGGAGCUAUGGGUAUUAUUUAUUUCGAUUAUUCUGAAAUGAGGGUCAUGGAUUAUAAAAAUCCAUUUGAGCAAGAAUGGGAAAAAGUAAAGAAAGUUACGUACGAGUUAAGAGACAAAUAUGCUGAUAUUAUUAUGUGCGUUGAAGAACCACCAAAUGAUAAAUACAUUCUUCCUCUUAAUGAUGGAUUAGAUUUUAAAAACUAUGUUGCAACAAGACAAUGGAGAUGUAAUGGAUAUGACUAUAUUCUUAUUGUUAAUGUUAGAGCAGUAAAUAACUAUGUCUAUUCUUUCACUAAAGCCUCUAAUAACACUUGUUUAGAGGUUAUGAUGGGAAAUUCUUCAAUUUGGACUGAAAAUGGAAAUAUUGUCAAAUUAAAUAUGUCCUCAAUGGAUGUUGUGUGGCUUAAAGGGUAUGAAAGUGAUCACGAAUGUCCAAACAUUUCAUAUGAAUCAAGUACAAUUCCAUUAAUUCUAAUUUCCACUUUAAUUCUCGUUAUUAUAUUAAUAUAA